AUGCAUGGGAGUUCCAAUGGUGCAUUGUUUGAUCAUCCAGCUGCUUUGCAAAAAAUUCCAACUGUUAUUGAAUCUCGCUCCAGGCAAUUCAUUCCUUUAUUUUUGAAGUUUUUGGGCUACAACACUCUUGAUCUUGCAAGUGUGGGAUUGUUUGAUUCUAUUGCUUGUGAAGGCAAAGAAUGGAAGUCCAUCUUAAAAGAAUGGUUAAACUUGUUGAAGCUGAUGAAAAAUCCCAAGUCAUUUUACUGUAGCCAGUUUCUUAAGGAUGUUCUGCAGAAUAGGUUGAUGUGCAAUGGAAUUAUGGAUCUUUUAGAUUCUGCUAUGCUUUUAGAAGAAAAUGAUCCUGAAAUACAAAUGAGAGUUUUGGAUUGCCUGUUAAUCUGGAAGGAUGAUUACAUUUUACCAUAUAUUGAGCAUUUAAGAAACUUGAUUAGUUCCAAAAAUUUAAGGGAGGAACUGACAACAUGGAGUUUGUCGAGAGAAUCUGAUAUAAUUGAAGAAUGCCACCGGGCUUAUCUUGUGCCAUUAGUUAUCCGGCUUUUGAUGCCAAAAAUAAGAAAGUUGAAAGGAGUUGCAUCUCGGAAGAAAGCAAGCAUUUGUCACCGGAAAGCUAUUCUGAGUUUCAUAGCUGGACUUGAUGUCAUUGAGUUGCCUCUUUUCUUUGCACUACUAAUAAAGCCCUUGCAAUUAGUGAAGAAUACUGAUGGGCCUGCUAACAUGUUUUGGACUUUACCUAGAGAUUCCCUUGACGAAUUUCAAGAUGCUGCUUUGUUGGAAUAUUUUACUUUUGACAAUAUAGCAAACCUACCAUGGAAAAAGAAAUAUGGUUUUUUGCAUGUCAUUGAAGACAUUGUUGGGGUUUUUGAUGAAUUGCAUAUUAGGCCUUUUCUUGAUCUACUAGCAGGAUGUGUUGUCAGGUUGUUGGAGACCUGUACUUCAAGUCUUCAUGCAAAUUUGGUCAGGCUUCCUUCAGAUCAGCACAAUUGUAGCACUAACUCAAACUCUAUAGUGGAGGACAGUGUGGCAACAGACCAAAUCCAGAUCAGCGGUACUUCAAACCAGCUGAAGGACAUGAGAUCUCUAUGCUUGAAAAUUAUUUCCCUUGUACUCAAUAAAUACGAAGAUCAUGAAUUUUGUUCUGAUUUGUGGGACAGAUUCUUUUCUGCAGUAAAACCACUGAUUGAUAAAUUCAAACAGGAGGCUGCUAGUAGUGAGAAACCAAGUUCACUGUUAUCUUGCUUUUUGGCAAUGAGUGCAAACAAUAAACUUGUUGCACUAUUAUGCCGGAAAGAAAGUCUUGUACCUGAUAUAUUUUCCAUUGUCUCUGUCAAUUCAGCUUCUGAAGCUGUUACAUAUUGUGUUCUAAAGUUUGUUGAAAACUUGUUGAGCCUUGACAAUCAGUUUAACAGUGAAGACAAUUCUGUUCAACGUAUUUUACUUUCAAAUAUGGAAGUAUUGAUAGACAGCAUGUCCUGUUUAUUUGGAAGAGAUAAUGCAAUCAAGAGUGUUCCCAUCUACACCAAUGUUGAAAGUGUAGAUCUAAAGGGAACUGAUAACAGAAAGCUGAUAAAAAAUCCCGGGGAGUCGCUCAUAAGAAUUUUAAAAUUUUUACCCAAGUACAUCAGGGAGGCUGAGUUGGCAAAACAAUUUGUGGACAUAUUACUUCUCUUUAUGGAAAAGAAAACUCAAAAUUCUGAUGUUUGGGUUGAAGCUUUGGAAGUCAUUCAAAAUAUUUUACCAACACUAGGAUAUGGAAGUACCAAUAAAAUUCUGAGUGCUGUUUCAUCAUUAUAUAUUUCGGCUGAGCUGGAUAUGCGGUUGAGAAUAUGUGAUCUUCUUGAUGCUCUUGUAGCUUCUGAUGCAUCUAUACUCUCAGUGGCAAAAGUUCUCCGUCAGCUGAAUACAACGUCUACUUUGGGUUGGCUUGACCAUGAUGCUAUCUUAGAUGCUUACAAAAUCAUUAAUAUUGAUUUCUUUAGAAAUGUUCAAGUGGAGCAAGCAUUACUUAUUUUAUCACAUUGUGUGCAUGACAUGUCAUCAGAAGAAACAACUUUUAUGUGUAGUGCGCUUAGUUCAUUGCUGUCUUUUGUUGAUUUCUCUGCUCUCAUCCUUCACCAAGAAGGAAACAGUGACGAACACAUGUCAGUGAUGGAAAACAUUGACAGUUGUUGGACAAAAUCUUGCAUCCAGCGUGUAGCGAAGAAAUUUCUCUUGAAGCAUAUGGCAGAUGCGAUGGGUGGAUCACUUUCAUUUAUGAAGGGAUGGAUAAAUUUGUUACAUCAAAUGGUGUUGAGGCUUCCAGAAGUGUCAAACCUCAAAUCACUUAUGGUCUUGUGCAACGAGGAUGGUGAAGUAAAUUUUUUUGACAAUAUAAGUGACCCAGUGAUACGUAAGAGAGUUAAGGCACUGUCAUGUUUUCGAAAUGUUGUCAGUAUGAACAAGCUUUCAGAGUUCAUCACUGAGAAAGUAUUCAUGCGACUCUUCUUCAACAUGUUGUUUGAUGAGAAAGAAGAAAAGGCAGAACAUAUGAAAAAUGCAUGCAUAGAGACCAUUGCUUCUGUAGCUGGUCAGAUGGGAUGGAAGUCAUAUUAUACAUUAUUGAUCAGAUGUUUUCGAGGUGCAUCCAGUAGUCCAGACAAACAGAAAGUCUUCAUACGCCUUAUUUGCUGUAUUUUGGAUAAAUAUCACUUUUCUGAACAUCCUUAUAAUAAAGACACCAAGGAAUCUGUGGAUGUGAUUUCUGACAUGGAGAUGGCUGAUACUGAUGUGAACAAAGAGAUACAGACAAGCCUGUUUAAAAUUGUGCUUCCAAAGAUACAGAAGUUUCUGGAUUCUGAAUCUGAAAAAGUCAAUGUAAAUAUCAGUCUUGCUGCACUGAAGCUACUCAAAUUACUUCCUGGAGAUGUGAUGGAUAUGUAUCUUCCAACAAUUGUUCAUCGAAUAUCAAACUUCCUGAAGAGCCAUCUCGAAAGCAUUCGAGAUGAAGCUAGGUCUGCAUUGGCCACUUGUUUGAAAGAACUUGGACUGGAAUACUUGCAAUUCAUUGUCAAUGUUUUGAAAUCUACCUUGAAGCGAGGAUAUGAACUUCAUGUCCUAGGAUACACACUUAAUUUUAUUUUGUCCAAGUGUCUUUUAACUCCGGUUGUUGGAAAGAUAGAUUACUGUUUGGAGGAUCUGCUUUCUGUGAUAGAGAAUGACAUUCUUGGAGAUGUUGCCGAGCAAAAGGAGGUGGAAAAGAUAGCUUCAAAAAUGAAAGAAACAAGGAAGAAAAAGUCAUUUGAAAGCUUGAAAUUGGUGGCUCAAAGUAUAACAUUCAAAAGCUAUGCCCUGAAGCUCCUUGCUCCAGUGACUGCUCAUUUGCAGAAGCACAUCAGACCAAAUGUAAAAGGAAAAUUGGAGAAUAUGUUGCAUCAUAUAGCUACUGGUAUUGAAAGUAAUCCCUCUGUAGACCAGACUGAUUUAUUUAUCUUCAUUUAUGGCAUUGUUGAAGAUGGAUUAAAAGACGAAAUUGGUUGGCAUGAAAAUAAAUUUUUGAAAUUGGAAGAUAAAGAUAGCCGUGUUAAAACAAAAAGAAUUUCGAAAGGCCAUGUAGUUGCUAAGGGCUUGAUGUGUUCACACCUUAUUACAGUGUUUGGUCUCAGAAUAUUUCAUAAACGAAUGAAGAAUAUGAAACAGGAUGUAAAAGAUGAAAAUACUUUAUCAUUAUUAGACCCGUUUGUCAAGCUCUUAUGUGAUGGCUUGUCCUCUAAGUAUGAAGAUAUAUUGUCUACUUCCCUUGGAUGCCUUGCUAUACUGGUGAAGUUACCUUUACCAUCCCUUCAACAACAUGCUGAGAGAGUAAAGGCUUCUCUGUUGGAUAUUGCCCAGGGUUUGGUGAGCUCUAGCAGUCCGUUAAUGCAGUCAUGUUUGACUUUGCUGACUGUGCUUUUAAGGAACACUAAAAUUUCUCUGACCUCAGAUCAAAUAAAUUUAUUAAUUCAUCUUCCCAUAUUUCUCGAAGUUGAUAAAAAUCCAUCUUUGGUGGCCUUAUCACUUCUAAAGGGUAUUGUCAGCCGCAAGCUUGUGGUACCUGAAAUAUAUGAUCUGGUUACUAGGGUUGCUGAAUUGAUGGUGACAAGUCAAAUGGACGCAAUCCGCAAAAAAUGCAGUAAAAUUCUUUUGCAAUUUCUGCUUGAUUAUAGACUUUCAGAGAAACGCUUGCAACAACAUCUGGAUUUCCUGCUCUCAAAUUUGAGGCAUGUGUAUGAGCAUUCAACUGGACGAGAAUCCGUUCUUGAAAUGAUUCAUGCUAUUAUUGUCAAAUUUCCAAGAAGUGUUUUGGAUGAACAAUCUCAUAUAUUAUUUGUCCAUUUGGUAGCUUGCCUUGCCAAUGAUGACGAUAAUAUUGUUCGUUCUAUGAGUGGGGCUGCAAUAAAGAAGCUUGUUAGUUCUGUUAGUCCUAAUUCACUUAAAUCUAUUCUUGACUAUGCUCUUUCCUGGUAUUUGGGCGGCAAGCAACAACUAUGGGGUGCAGCUGCUCAGUCUGCCAUAGAUGCAGUUACCAACAGGCAAGAUGGCUUUUCAGCUGAAUCUGUCAUUCCCCUUUGGAAAGAGGCUUACUAUUCUCUUGUUAUGUUAGAGAAGAUGAUUAAUCAGUUCGGUGAUUUAUGCUUUGCUGAAUAUCUUGAGACAUUUCAGGAUAUAUGGGAAGCAAUAUGUGAGAUGCUGUUGCACCCACAUUCCUGGAUACGGAACAGAUCAGUUCGCCUCAUAGCGCUAUACUUUGCACAUGCAACAGAUGCUAGCAGAGAAAAUCAUGGAAGCUCCUUAAGUUAUUUUAUUAUGAGUCCAAGUAGACUGUUUUUAAUAGCUACUUCUCUUUGCUGUCAACUAAAAAUGCCACUCAUAAAUGAUGCUGACAGCAGCCUGAUGACCCAGAAUAUUAUCUUUGCUAUCUGUGGUGUCCAUUCUUUGAUGGGGCAAAGUGCAUGUGUAGAUCCCCCUGCAUUCUGGUCCACUCUUCAGCAACAAGAAAAGGAUCAGUUUCUUAAAGCUUUUAACUUACUUGAUUCAAGAAAAGGAAGAAGCAUGUUCGUGUCCUCAUCUAUUGCUUCUAUAUCUGAAAACAACAAUCAGCUGAAUGUUGACAAUGCUCAACAUGCGUUAGUCUCACUAUUGCUCAGGAAAAUGGGGAAAAUUGCCGUUCAAAUGGAUGAUAUUCAGAUGGGAAUAGUCUUCAACAGUUUUGGUAAUAUUAUUGCACAGAUUAGUCAGGAUGACUGCCUACACUAUGCACACGUGAUCCUGUUACCUCUAUACAAAGUUUGCGAAGGAUUUGCUGGAAAAGUCGUAUCUGAUAAUAUCAAAAGGUUGGCAGAAGACACCUGUAGAAAACUAGAGAAUAUUUUGGAAACUCACAACUUUGUGCAAGUUUACAACCUUAUCAGGAAGGACCUUAAGUUAAAAAGAAAUAAGAGGAGACACGAAGAAAAGCUCAUGGCUGUUAUCAAUCCGAUGCGAAAUGCCAAACGGAAGUUGAGAAUUUCUGCCAAGAAUCAUGCUAACAAAAAGAGGAAGAUUACGACAAUAAAAAUGAGGAGAUGGAUGCAUUGA